AUGAUUGAUGUGCAAAAUGCAGACCAAGUAGCCACUGAUCAGAUCACUCUGACAGAUCAGAGUGUGGAACCAAUAGAGGGUGUCUCUGAAAGUACAGCUGAAUCUAGAUCUGGUCCUCGAAGUAGCUCGGAAACGAGUGCCUCCGAUGUGACCCUCGAAGCUCGGUUACGAGAGCGGUUUGACAGCUAUUUUAGAAUUGCGAUAAAAUCGCAUGAGAGACACCCUAUUAGGAGGCCUGAAGGUGAGAUACCAGAGGAAUUCCUGCAACUUGGUAGUAGGCUUAUUGCCGAAAAACUAAGGGGUAGGACCUCUUCUGGUAGAACACUGACAGCUCUGAACGCUGCGGUUUAUGCGGCAGGAAAAGCCAUAACAACACUGUUGUUGGGGGGCGAGUCUGAGAAAGCUGGCAAAGCUUAUCAAAAAGUAAGAGAAAUGAAAACGCUGAGAAGUUCUCUGCUGAGAACAAUAUCAGUGUUGGCCGUUGAGGUCCGCAGACGGAAGGCUGGCAGUAGAGGGGCUCCUAGUAAGCACUACCUCGAAAUAGCCAGACUGCACGGAGUUUCGACAACUGUGGAAGUUGAGAGGCUCUUGAUCAGAUUCAAGGAUGAGCUGAAAAUCGUAAACUCCGAUAUUAAAGCAAAACAAGACACUCUGAAGCGUCUUCGUGAAAGGAAGCGGGGUUAUCCUGCUGUUGCACGAGAACCACGAGAGAGGGAUUCUGACGUUCCGGUUACAGAGGUGCGCGAGCACUGGAAGACCAUCAUUGGUGAAUCACAACCGUUCCAUCCUUCAGAAGACCUCCUGACGUGGGCUCGCAAGGAACAGCGUGCGGGAAGUACGGUUGCCAUCAACCUGUCCGAGGAGAACUGGGCAAGUAUAUUUGCGAAAGUGAAACCUUGGAAAGCAACAGGUCCUGAUGGCAUACAGGGAUUCUGGUGGAAGAAAUUGCCAGAAGCAAAAAACAGGCUAAAAGAGUGGUGCUUAGCGGCACUGCGAAGACCCCACAAAAUCAUCCCGAGAUGGUUAUGCAGAGGUAGGAUUGUAUUGAUCCCUAAAGGGAGCUCGGAGAAUCGAGGUCCUGGAGAUUUUCGGCCAAUAGCAUGUUUGAAUACAUGCUAUAAGAUUCUUACGGCCAUGAUUGCACAACAGAUACUCCAAUGCUCAGAAGACGUGCUCCCCCCGGAGCAAGUCGCACUGCGCAAAGGAGUCUGGGGCUGCACUCAUGCGCAUAUAUUGGAUCAAACGAUCUGCAAGGACGCCCUGAGGCGUAAAAAAGCACUCCACACCCUGUGGGUGGAUAUGACUAAAGCCUUCGACUCCGUGUCGCAUGGCGCAUUAAAAUGGAUAUUGGCACGAACAGGGGUAGCCUCUCCAACGAGAAGACUACUAUCUGUGAUCAUGUCAAUGCAAAGCGUCCGGUAUUGUGGGUACAAGGACGGGAAACUAGUCAAAAGCGCACCUCUGAAGGUGAAAAGGGGAGUGAUGCAGGGUGACACACUCAGCCCACUCCUGUUUUGUAUUGCGAUUACGCCCUUGUCCUCAUGGCUGCGUGAAAACGUUAGCCCAUAUAGGACAUCUACAGGGAUGUUGACGCUCGCUGACGGGCCUCUCGUAAUCAAUCAUCUGUUUUAUAUGGAUGAUUUGAAAGUGUACUCACCUAAGUGGGAUGAUAUUGUCAAAGCCCGUGAGGGUAUAGAGAGAGUGGCUGGUGAAUUGGGGCUUCAUAUGAACCCCAGCAAAUGUGCCGUACACUCUCUGCAUUUACCCCAAACUGAUAUUAUGGCUGACGAGAUGGGUGGGAUACCCGUCUUGGGGUCGAACUCGCUCUACAAGUAUUUGGGAGCGGAACAGAGCACUCUUGUCAGCAUGGAUCACCUCUGGUCCCGCGUACGGGAGAAAGCACUGGAGUCAGCGCGUAGGAUUAUGUCCAGCGAUCUGACGGUACGUCAAAAGGUCAACGGGUAUAAUCAAGUGGUGAUACCUAAGCUUAAAUAUGCUAUCUCGUGCAUAAUUUACGGUACUGGUAAAUUAGGCACAAUGAGAAAGCAGGCAAGAGGGUUCGACGAGAGUGUACGCAAACUGCUUGCGGAAACGCGAAUGCGUUUCGGGCACAGUUGCGUCGCGAGACUAUAUGUGAACAAGGAAGAGGGUGGACUUGGACUGAAGUCCGCUGAAGAGGAAAUGGAGCAUACCAUCGUCUAUACAUGGUGCUACCUUGCCUCGAACCCGAAUCUCCAAGUUCCCUUUCACCUAUGUGAAAGCCUCAGGAGUAGCAACAAGCGAUCACUCACGUCUGACUUCAACGCCGUUAUGGCCGAGAACAGGUUAGAGAGUGAAGUGACUCGCCUUGCUCAGGCGUCCAUUCAGGUUAGAGAAAGAACAUAUACGACAGCCACUAGUGCUGCUCGUGCAAUUUCGACUCUCGUCCACGAGCGUUGGGCUCGAACACGGAUGUAUGAAUGGACGCAAAGAGAAGUGGCGAGUAGAGUGAUUAGGAAUAGCGAGAUGGAUGAGCAGCCGUCUAUCUGCCUAAAGGAUUCCUUCCUUUGGUCACAGGUUGGAUGGCUGUCCUCAGAAGUCUUACGAAACGUUUGGGCUACUCAGGAGGGCUCUCUCCCAACCAGAGCCAGUGCUUCUGGUCAAUCAAUAUAUCAAAGCAGCAAUCAGCUGUGUCGAUUACGAUGCCCUUCCAGAGAAACGGCAGAACACAUUGUGUCAGCAUGCAACUACUGGCGUACCGGGCUCAUGAUCGAAAGACAUGAUGAGGUGGCCAGAGUUGUCUAUUAUUCCCUCAAAAGGAAGUAUGGGCUAAGUUCCAGAAUUACUAACACCCACGUUCCACAUGUUGUGGAGGGAGAUCAGGUGAGAAUUCAUUGGAAUGACCGAAUACUUACGAGGGAGAACUUGCGUCAUGAUAGACCAGACAUAGUGGUCUUUGACGCGAGAGAGAAGAAGAUCUGGAUCAUUGAGAUCUCGAUCUCCUGGUAUACGAGGAUAGCUCUUCAAGAGCUGAAGAAAUCCCGUAAAUACGGGAUGAACAGCUGUCUCCCAGAGGAGACCAGACCAGACGAUUUCUAUCCGGGUCCAAAUCUUAGGGCUGCACUGCAAGCGCAGCAUCGCAUGACUGUCGAAGUCGUGCCUUUAGUGGUUGGCACGUGCGGUGAGUGCACCUCCAAUCUGAGGCAAAAUCUCCGAUUACUGAAACUGCCCGAUGGCGUGAAGGUGGUAAUGGAGAGGAUGCAGAGAUGUGCAGUGCUUGGCACUCACAGGAUAAUAAAGAGUCACCUAUCUAAGGAUGACUCAUGA